AUGCUGGCUGGGGACCUGAACGUUGUGGAGGAUCCUGCGCUGGACAAGACAUCGCGAGCGGGCUCAAGGGGGGAGAACGACAGACUGAUGACGAUUUGCAGCAGCUUUGAUGUUCAUGAGGUGCGGCACGCGGAGCUGGUCAAAAGGUUCACGGACCACUGGCUCGCGGUUCACCUGAAGCUCAGUGCGGGGGGAGACGGGGAGUCAGGCCCGGGCCUCUGGAGACUGCCGGUGUCGCAAGCGCCACGUCCUGGGGUGCGGAAGCGGGUGGAGCAGAUUGUGCGUAAGAACAAAGAGAGAGGAGGGGACUUGGAGUCCCUAACGACGUCUUUAAGGGUGGGACUCAAGGCCUACACCGUUGAGGAGCGGAAGCGGGUGGCGGCCACGACGGCGCAUCUGGUACGGGAAGUCGGGGACCUGAGACAGAGGGUGAUGAACAAACCUUGGUGCUCACGAGCGAAGGCGCGGCUUGCGAAGGGAGAAGCCAAGCUCAAGGCGUAUGAGGACGGGAGACGCCAGAAACUGCAGGAGCAGGCGGGGGUCAAGGUUGAAAUGAACGGGGAAGCCCCCACAGAUGCAGAGGAGCUGUGCGCGCCAUGGGAGGAAGCGGAGGUCAAGCGUGCGCUGGAGGAGAUGGCGCGGGGCAAGACGCCAGGGCGCGACGGCCUCCCGAAGGAGCUCUGGGAGCUGUAG